AUGGCCAUGGUUGAAUUAGACAUUGAUCUGGUGAAUGGCGACAAGCUGGAGUACUUUCAAACAGAGUUCAAAGGCGAUGUUUCCGAGUUUGUACAGACAAUUCUCCAGAAACUCACAAACACGUCUUCAAAGUACAAGUACAUUGUGAACGCACACAGCGUGGACUCGGCAAACGCGGACGUGGCAAUCAAGUCACUUUUCGGCGCGGCGUGGGAUAAAUCAACAGACGGACUGGCUACAGUGAAAAAGGAACUGGAAAGCGGAUGGUUAGUGGUGACUAUAGUGUUUCUACGUAGAGAAUGA